CAAUUGCGUUCGGGGGAGUGAGGUGGGGUGCUUGCCAGAGGUGAUGGGGCACAGUGAUCUAGGUGGUCGGGCCGGGCCCUCUGGGGCCCCCCCGUGGCCGACGCUGAGUGGAAGUUUGUUAGGCCUCCGUCAAACCCUCCAGUCCAGGUGGUGGCGGUAACGCGCCCAUUAUCCGCUUCUCUAACCGCCAAAAAACACAGGAAGAAAAAGACACUGCAAAUGCAAAAGCAUUCUCGCCUGAGCACGUGAAUUAUUUUUAUAAUCUCCAAAUAUUUUUUUUCUGAUAGAGUUUUAUAGUUAGAUUGGAUCCAGUUAGAAAUAAAAUACACAUUACUGUGUCUGUGGUUGAGGAUUUAAAACUUCAUUUUGCUUUAAAACCCUGAGACCUGUUAUAAUGAGUUCAGCAGGAGACAGACCACACUUCUCCAGAAAGUCUCAGGCUGAUGAUCCUUCACAGCUGUCUGAGGACGUGAAAAUAGAAACAGGCUCAGUGGAACAUGCCCCCCCUGUGGACCAGCAGAAUGGAGGAGUCCAUAUGAAGCUCACACCUCAAGUCUGUGUGAAGAAAGAAGAGAUGCUGGAGCUGAACAUCUGCGACAGUGGAAACGACCUGAACAACAUUCCUGAAGUUUCCUCCAUUAAAGAGGAAGAAGCUGACGAUAAAGACUUCCUCUACUGUGAAGUUUGCAAAUCCUUCUUCUUCAAAAAGUGUGAGGUUCACGGGCCGGCACUCUUCAUCACUGAUACUCCUGUUCCCAUGGGGGUCGCUGACCGAGCCAAACAAACUCUUCCUCCUGGUCUGGAGGUUCAGAAGUCCGGUAUUCCUGAUGCAGGCCUGGGAGUGUUUAAUAAAGGGGAGACUGUACCAGUUGGUGCACACUUCGGACCCUACCAAGGAGAGCUGGUAGACCGAGAGGAAGCUAUGAACAGUGGCUACUCAUGGGUGAUAUCCAGGAGUGGGCAGCGUGAGGAAUACAUAGAUGCCAAGAGAGAGAUGUAUGCUAACUGGAUGAGGUAUGUGAAUUGUGCUCAUAAUGAUGGCGAGCAGAAUCUUAUGGCAUUUCAGUAUCAAGGGGGAAUUCUGUAUCGAUGCUGUCGACCCAUUAAUCCAGGACAGGAGCUCUUGGUGUGGUAUGAAGCAGACUAUGCUGAAGAUCUCGGCCCUGCAUUUGACAACCUCUGGAACAAAAAGUGCACCACAAAUGAAGUAAACAACGGUUUGUUGCAAGUCUUCUUCUCCUGCUGCUUUUGUCCACUUUCCUAUGCAUCGCAAAUUUAUCUCAACAAACACAUCAAGAGAUGCCACUAUGAGGAGUUUGUGAGACUGCAGAAAUCAGCAGAGAUUAAACAUGAAAUUCAUAUGCCCACAAAUGACUCCAGUACUCAGCAAACAUCAUCUCAUGCUCUCAGUUCUGACACCUCUCAGAAAGAAAUGCAGAAGGAAAUAAUCCACUGCUCAGAUGGUGGAAAGCGUUUGACUAAUCUGAUUCUUCUCAAAACACAUCAACAUAGUCAAACAGGAGAGAACCCACAUCACUGCUCACAGUGUGAAAAGAGUUUUAAUCAAAAGGUUGAUCUUCAGCUGCACCAGCGCAUUCACAAACGACAGAAGCUGCAUCACUGCUCACAGUGUGGGAAGAGUUUUACUGAUCAGAGUAAUCUCCUACAACAUCAGCGCAUUCACACAGGAGAGAAGCCGCAUCACUGCUCACAGUGUGGAAAGAGUUUUACUCAUCAGAGUAAUCUCCAACGACAUCAGCGCAUUCACACAGGAGAGAAGCCAUAUGAAUGCUCACAGUGUGGAAAGAGUUUCUCUCAACAUAAAAAUCUCCAAGCCCAUCAGCGCAGUCACAAAGGAGAGAAGCCGUAUCACUGCUCACAGUGUGGAAAGAGUUUUACUCAUCAGAGUACUCUCCAACGACAUCAGCGCAUCCACACAGGAGAGAAGCCAUAUGACUGCUCACAGUGUGGAAAGAGUUUUACUCAUCACAGUACUCUCCAACGACAUCAGCGCAUCCACACAGGAGAGAAGCCGUAUCACUGCUCACAUUGUGGAAAGAGUUUCUCUCAACAGAGUAAUCUCCAACAACAUCAGCGCAGUCACACAGGAGAGAAGCCGUAUCACUGCUCACAGUGUGGAAAGAGUUUCUCUCAACAGAGUAAUCUCCAACAACAUCAGCGCAGACACACAGGACAGAAGCUAUAUCACUGCUCACAGUGUGAGAAGAGUUUUACUCAUCAAAGUAAUCUCCAGCUACAUCAGCACAUUCACACAGGAGAGAAGCCACAUCACUGCUCACAGUGUGGAAAGAGUUUUACUACUUUGAGUAAUCUCCAGGUACAUCAGCGUAUUCACACAGGAGAGAAGCCAUUUCACUGCUCACAGUGUGGAAAGAGUUUCUCUCAACAGAGUCAUCUUCAACAACAUCAGCGCGUUCACACAGGAGAGAAGCCGUAUCACUGCUCACAUUGUGGGAAGAGUUUUACUCAUCAGAGUACUCUCCAACGACAUCAGCGCAUUCACACAGGAGAAAAGCCGCAUCACUGCUCACAGUGUGGGAAGAGUUUUACUUUCCAGAAUAAUCUCCAGCUACAUCAGCGCAUUCACACAGGAGAGAAACCAUAUCACUGCUCACACUGUGGAAAGAGUUUUACAACUCAGAGUAAUUUCCAACGACAUCAGCGUAGUCACACAGGAGAGAAGCCGUAUCACUGUUCACAUUGCGGGAAGAGUUUCUCUCAACAUAGACGUCUCCAAGUCCACCAGUGCAUUCACACUGGAGAUAAUAAACUUUAUCACUGCUCACAGUGUGAAAAGAGUUUUAAUCAAAAGGUUGAUCUUCAGCUGCACCAGUGCAUUCACAAACGACAGAAGCUGCAUCACUGUUCACAGUGUGGGAAGAGUUUUACUGAUCAGAGUAAUCUCCAACAACAUCAGCGCAUUCACAAACGAGAGAAGCCGCAUCACUGCUCACAGUGUGGAAAGAGUUUUAAUCAAAAGGUUGAUCUUCAGCUGCACCAGCGCAUUCACAAACGACAGAAGCUGUAUCACUGUUCACAGUGUGGGAAGAGUUUUACUGAUCAGCGUAAACUCCAACAACAUCAGCGCAUUCACAAACGAGAGAAGCCAUAUCACUGCUCACAGUGUGGAAAGAGUUUUACUACUCCAAGUAAUCUCCAGAUACAUCAGCGUACUCACACAGGAGAGAAACCGUAUCAAUGCUCACAUUGUGGAAAGAAUUUCUCUCAACAGAGUAAUCUCCAACAACAUCAGCGCAGUCACACAGGAGAGAAGCCGUAUCACUGUUCACAGUGUGGGAAGAGUUUUACUUACCACAGUAAUCUCAAACUACAUCAGCACAUUCACACAGGAGAGAAGCCAUAUCAGUGCUCACAGUGUGGGAAGAGUUUCUCUCAACAGAGUAAUCUCCAACGACAUCAGCGCAGUCACACAGGAGAGAAGCCGUAUCACUGCUCACAUUGCUUGAAGAGUUUCUCUCAGCAUAAAAAUCUCCAAGCCCAUCAGAGCAAUCACACAGGAGAGAAGCCGUAUCACUGUUCACUGUGUGGAAAGAGUUUUACUGCUCCAAGUAAUCUCCAGGUACAUCAGCGUAUUCACACAGGAGAGAAGCCGUAUCACUGCUCACAGUGUGGAAAGAGUUUCUCUCAACAGAGUAAUCUCCAACAACAUCAGCGCAGUCACACAGGAGAGAAGCCGUAUCACUGCUCACAGUGUGGGAAGAGUUUUACUUACCAGAGUAAUCUUCAGCUACAUCAGCACAUUCACACAGGAGAGAAGCCGUAUCACUGCUCACAGUGUGGGAAGAGUUUCUCUCAACAGAGUAAUCUCCAACGACAUCAGCGUAGUCACACAGGAGAGAAGCCGUAUCAUUGCUCACAUUGCGGGAAGAGUUUCUCUCAACAUCGUAGUCUCCAAGUCCAUCAGCGCAUUCACACUGGAGAGUAGUUUUAAGAUUCACAAGUGCACUAACAGAGCCAUUAUCUGAUUUUAAUCAUUUGUCAGAUUAAAUAUAACUCUCAUUUAAAUUAGCUGUAUAAAAAAUACUUUUGCCUUCUCAAAUUUCUGUGGAAGUUAUCAUAUGUAAUUUUAUUGCAAUGAUUAAUAUCCUUGUUUUGUUUCCUUUUCCUCUUAAAUAGCCAUAACAUUAAAUCCAUAACUUCUGAGCAGAUGAUUUAAAUGCAAUAUUGUCAGUGAAGUAACUAGUGCAGGAUAAGAAUAAAGCAGAGCCAUCCAAAGGGAGCUCCCUAAGGCACCAUAAACUUCAAUUGCCACUUAACUGAAGAUUCAUGUCAAUAGAGUGGAAAUAGUACAAACAUCUCAGAACUCUUUUUGCCCAUGCUCAACUUCGAAGGUUUGUUGAUACAUACAACAGGGCACUGGACAUUAUAGUAAUCCAAAUGUUAUCAUUUCAAUUAUUUCUUUGGACAAAAACAUUCAUUCUGAGUAAAAGAACAUUCCUAGCCAUGGAGUCAUUGGUAUCCUAAAUGCCACUUGCUAACCUAGAGACCUAUGUUAACUUAUCACAUUUGGAAAAUGCCAUCAGGUAAUUAAAUAUUUGGACACUGACAACGUUUUUGUUAUUUUAGCUGUCUAAAUAUGUGUAUUAGAGUUGAAAUCAUACAUAUAACCAUAUAAUUGUAAAUACAUCCAAAUUGUGAGCUGUGUAGGAUGGAGCCCUUGUUGAGCUAUCGCAUGUUGGUUAAUCUGGUGAGUAAGUUUCCACUUUCUGUCUAGGUUGUCGACAUCUCUGGUAUUGUGAAAGUGGUCCUGGCUGCUUUUCCCCCCAAUAAAUUCUGUCUCUCAGCUGGAUCGUGGUCAGCUGGCUAACUUGUUUAACUUGGCUGUGUGUAUGCAAUGGGGAGUUUGUACUUGACUGUUUUAGCCCUUUUUGGACUAAAUGUCAUUUAAAAAUUGCUCAUUGGCAAACUUGGCGUUUCCACAUACAGGCACUGUGUUAUGGCUUAGAAAGAAAGCUCCCUUACUAAAUGAAUUUUCUUUGCAAGAAAAAGCUAGGCCAUUUCUAUCUUUCUGAAAUUUGGCAGUAGCCAAAUGUCUGUCUAGAUUUUAGUGCACCUCUCCCGCAAUUGGUCUUCCAGGUGUUUUGAUGUGCCUGAGCUCACUACUGUGUUCUUUCUUUCCAAGAAUGUUUCCAAGAACUCUUUCCAAGAGUUGAUCUUGUAAAAUGCAAAUACACUGUGGUAUACAGAUAAAAUAACUAACUUGGUCAGUGUCUAAAUAUUAUAACCAUGACAUGUGUACAUACACGCACAACUAGGUGAUGUCAAUAUAACAGUGACAGUUGAUGUUGCUCUUCUGAAAUAUAUCGCUCCAUGGGAGAUGUCCAAAAAAAAAAAGAGGUCUAAGAUAAAGCCUUGUUGCAUUCACAUAAUUUACUUGUUUAAGGUUGGAGAAUUCCCUAUUUAUUCUUUAAUUGGUGCCAUUCUCACAAGUAAUAUCUAAACCAUGUACUGAUCACUCCCUGCAUAUGAAAACAAUCUCUUGUAUUCUUCACGUGUCUGGGCAAUAGGGUAGGGUGGCUAGACAGAUGCCUUUCCACAGGUGAUUAUAAGUUUUUUCUUUUUCUUUUUUUCUUAAAAUUUUUCUACUUGUUUUUCAAUUGAAUGUUGUUCACAGGCUUCUGUAGCAAAUUAAAGAUGGAAAAUGAUCUGACAUGAUUUAUCUUGGUUUAAUUUUUUACAUCACAAAAAUGUGAUUUUAACACUGUACAUGCUUAAUGAUUAAAAUAGUAAUUUUGAGUAGUAUCCUUGUUUGUAUCCUUGUCUGUAUCUUGUACAAUGAGAGCUUGAUAACGUUAAAUUCCUUGUAUGUGAAAGUGUAUUUAGCCAAGGAAGGGCAAUGGCAAUCAGGCUAUUCACAUGUACAUAGGAUUCCUCCAGAGGAUAAAUCAUCCAUUAAUUUUCCUUCUGCUUUUUCUUGUUGGGGCAAUGGUGGCAGCAUGCUGAGAAGGUUAGCCCAGAGAUCUCCAGCCAAAGAUUACAUCUAUCACAGGACCCAAGUUGUUCCCAACCCAAGUGUGUAAUAUAAUCAUUCUAGUGGAUCCCGGGUCUUCUGACCAGGGCAAACUACCUAAACUGGCUUCUCUCCAUUUGGAGCAGCAACUAUUUUGGUUGCUGAUUCCUGGUCCCUUACCAUAUCACCUCAUUUCCACUACCUACUGUGACCUUAUUCUUUUCAAGUCAAGUGGCUUUAUUGUCAUUUCAACCAUAUACAGUACCCUCCACUAAUAUUGCCAACCUUGGUAAAUAUGAGCAAAGAAGGCUGUGAAAAAUUGUCUUUAUUGUUUAACCUUUUGAUCUUUUGUUAAAAAAUUCACAAAAAUACUCUGCUCUCAAAGAUAUCAAACA